UAUACCCUUUAGUUGGGUUGUUAUGACACUCCUCACGGCGAACGCUCUCGGCUCACUUCUCGCGAAUGCAAUCUCCACGAGCUCUAUGCGUUUGGGCCGUGUCGUCCACGCGCGAAUCGUCAAGACCCUCGACUCUCCUCCUCCUCCGUUCCUGGCAAACUACCUCAUCAACAUGUACUCCAAACUCGACCAUCCCGACUCGGCUCGACUCCUUCUCCGCCUCACUCCUUCCCGUAACGUCGUCUCUUGGACGUCACUCGUGUCCGGGCUAGUUCAAAACGGUCACUUCUCCUCCGCGUUGCUUGAGUUCUUGGAAAUGCGACGGGAAGGUGUUUUCCCAAACGACUUCACCUUCCCUUGCGCCUUCAAAGCCGCGGCUUCUUUGCGGUGGCCGGUUACUGGGAAACAGAUUCAUGCUCUUUCUGUCAAGUGUGGACGUAUACUUGAUGUCUUUGUUGGCUGCAGUGCUUUUGAUAUGUAUUGUAAGACCAAGCUUAGGGGUGAUGCUCGCAAGAUGUUCGAUGAAAUUCCUCAGAGGAAUCUUGCAACUUGGAAUGCCUUUUUAUCUAACUCUGUCACUGAUGGAAGGCCUAUGGAAGCUGUUGGAGCUUUUAUUGAGUUCAGGAAGAUUGGUGGACACCCCAAUUCCAUAACUUUUUGCGCUUUCCUAAAUGCUUGCUCAGAUGGGUUGUUACUUAGUCUAGGUGAGCAGUUGCAUGGGCUUGUGUUUUGUAGCGGGUUCGAUACAGAUGUGUCAGUGUGUAAUGGGUUGAUCGAUUUCUAUGGAAAGUGUAAGAAGAUUCACUGCAGUGAAACUGUGUUUGCUGAAAUGGGGACAAGAAAUGCUGUUUCUUGGUGUUCCUUGGUGGCUGCGUAUGUGCAGAAUCAUGAAGAUGAGAAGGCGUCUUUGUUGUUCCUACGUUCAAGGAAGGAGAUUGUUGAGACUUCUGAUUUUAUGAUCUCAAGCACUCUGAGUGCGUGUGCCGGUAUGGCAGGUCUUGAGUUGGGGAGAUCGGUACAUGCUCACGCUGUGAAAGCUUGCGUUGAAAGGACUAUCUUUGUGGGAAGUGCACUAGUUGACAUGUAUGGAAAAUGCGGAUGUAUAGAAGAUUCUGAACAAGCUUUCGAUGAGAUGCCUGAAAAGAACUUAGUGACGAUGAAUUCACUGAUCGGUGGAUAUGCUCAUCAGGGUCAGGUUGAUAUGGCAUUGGCGUUAUUUGAUCAAAUGGCACCACGUGGUUCCGGUCCGGCUCCAAAUUAUAUGACGUUUGUGUCCGUGCUUUCAGCUUGUAGUAGAGCAGGGGAUGUGGAAAACGGUAUGGAGAUAUUUGAUUCGAUGAAGAGCAGUUACGGCAUCGAGCCAGGAGCUGAGCACUAUUCAUGCGUUGUCGACAUGCUAGGGAGAGCUGGGAUGGUGGAACGAGCAUACGAAUUCAUAAAGAAAAUGCCAAUUCAACCCACAAUCUCGGUUUGGGGCGCUCUUCAGAAUGCUUGUAGGAUGCAUAGUAAGCCACACCUCGGAGUAUUGGCAGCUGAGAACCUUUUUAAACUUGACCCUAAAGAUUCUGGCAACCACGUUCUGCUUUCCAAUACGUUUGCAGCAGCUGGAAGGUGGGCGGAAGCCAACACCGUGAGAGAGGAGAUGAAAGGGGUAGGAAUCAGGAAAGGAACCGGGUACAGUUGGGUCACAGUAAAGAACCAAAUCCAUACGUUUCAAGCUAAGGACAUAUCACACAGAAUGAACAAAGAGAUCCAGACAAUGCUGUCCAAGCUAAGGAAUGAGAUGGAGGCUGCAGGGUACAAGCCCGACCUGAAACUCUCUCUUUACGAUCUGGAGGAAGAGGAGAAAGCAGCGGAAGUCGCGCACCACAGUGAGAAACUGGCUCUAGCGUUUGGCUUGCUAGCUUUACCACUCGGUGUUCCCAUCAGGAUCACAAAGAACCUUAGGAUCUGUGGAGAUUGUCACAGCUUCUUCAAGUUUGUGUCUGGGAGUGUUAAGAGAGAUAUCAUUGUGAGAGACAAUAACCGGUUUCAUCGGUUCGUGGGUGGGACUUGUUCUUGUAAGGAUUAUUGGUAAUGUUAGUUUAGGUUAAAGUUUUAUAUCUUUGUAAAACUAUAAAGAGAGUGACUAAUUCAAUUCACUAUUAAUUUUGAUGAAAAUAAACAUUUUCUCUAAUAACAUACAUUAUUCUGUAGUCGAAUAUGAUGCUCAAGACAUCGUGUAAAUCUGCGUUCUAAAUUAAUCUCCAACCUUACGUUUGUACUAAUUCACUACAAAAAAAGAUGGUUUAACAUCAUUUAUUUUGUAUUUUUGUAUUACUUAUAAAUGAUGUAAAAGAAUUUUGUAUCACUUAUAUAAAUGACUCUGAAAGUGGUGAUGCAAAUAAUUUACAUCAAUUUAUCAAUAAUUGAUGUAAAAAUUAUGAAUAUUUGCAUCAAUUUCUAAGUGAUGUCAAUAUGUAUCAAUUGUAACAAAUGAUAUUAAUUGAAGUCGAUUAACACAAUUAUUUCUGAUCUAAAAAAAAAAGUUAUUAGCAUCAGUUUUAUUUUUAUUUUUGUCAACAGCAUCAGUUUUAUUUAGUAUCAUCUUAAUAAGUGAUGUCAACAACAAAAUCAAUACAUCAAUUAUAUAAUUGAUAUAACUUUGUAAAAUAGUAUCAUUUUUUGUUAAAGUGAUACAACUUACAACAAAAAUAUGUCAUUUUAUUGAAUUGAUGCCAAAUAAUUUAAUAAAACAUCACUUUCUUAUAAAUGAUGUUAAAUUAUAUAUAUUUGUCUCAUUUACAAAUAAAUGAUUUAAAAUAGAAUCAUUUAAUUUUGUGAUAUAAAUUAAGUGAUACAAUUCACUUCAUUUUUUGUAGUGAUUAAAAAGAGAUGUUGCUUAGGUGUCACUUAAUUAGAAUGACAAUUUAUCUUACGUGGCAGCUUAAGAAUUAAUUGAAAAAAUGUUGGUCCAAAUCCAAUUACUAGGAAACAUUAUAUUAAUCCAAAAUAUAAGAAGCGUGUAUUUUUUAAUUAAAUAAAAGCUACGGAAUUACCUAAUAUGAUUAACAUAUAUAUGACAAAUAAUGACUAUGAAUAAUAAAGAUUUGAUAACAAUUUUUUCAUCUUUCUUCAUUUUUGUUUAAUUUUAUAUUAUUAAAAAUAAACAAUCACAUUAACUAUAUAAUAAAAAAUUAGAUUUUUUCUUAUAUGUUAUAUUUCAAAUUUCUUAAAAUGAUUUUAAAUUACAAAAAUAAGGAAAUCUUAUAUGUUAUAUUUUAAAUUUUUUUUAAACAAAUUUAAAUUACAAAAAUGAGGAAACCUUAUAUGUUAUAUAUUCUUAUAUGUUAGAUUUUUUUAUAUGUUAUAUUUUAAAUUUUUUAAAACGACUUUAAAUUAAAAAAUGUAAGUUUUCCUUAAGCAUACGACUAAAAGCAUAUAAAUGAUAUGUAUCAAUUCGAUGGUUGAUCUGAAAAUCUUUCAAAAUCAUAUGGAAGAUAAAUGUUAAAAUAAUUCAACUCUAGAAACAGUACUGUUCACUUUUUUAAGAAUGUGUUCGGUGGAAAAAAGUAAAGUUUUUAUGUCAUAAUUUGUUUAAUGUCCAAUCCAAUCAACCCAUGAUAUAUUCAUUAUAUUUAGAUCAACAAUUUUUAAUAAAAAUUGAUCCGGUUCAUCAGAAAAAUAUUAUAUAAUAACAACAAAAAACAUUGUAUAUAUAUAAAUAAAAUGAUCAAAUAUAU